AUGUCAUCAUCACAAACAACAAAUUCGCACAUGUUAGCAGCAGAUUCUACCAACGAUACCACAAUAGCGGCCAGUCGUCCGCCUUCCAUCUUACCGACCGAACUCUGGCUACAAAUUCUAGAAACCAACCCCACAAAGACUCACCUUGCCGACCUCUGGCGCAACGUUCGCCCCGUCUCCCAAUCAUACAAAGCCUAUGUCGAGCGCAUCUUCACAACCGUCUAUUUACCAACCCUCUCACUUUCACUAGCGCUUCCACGCCGCGAUCCAAUCACAGGAGCCCUGCGCUACAGUGACGCUGUCCCAGAUGCAGAACUCAUCCUGCGUGGUGUGCAAAUCGACGGAGAGUUCUUGACGCUGGCUACUCUGCCUACGACACGCAGCGGCAUUAGUCUUGAAAACUUGAACAAGCGGGGUGGGCUGUCCAAGGAGAGAUUGGAUGGGGCAACGAGCGUUUGGUUGUGGUUCGGAGGGAUCCAGAAUCGCGGCAAAGGCGGUAGAGUCAAGAUGCCUCUUGAUGUGGAGUGGGAUGAGCAACGCAAAGUGUGGCAGACCAAGGUGUCGUGGAAGAGAUUGAUGGGGUCGUAUUUUCAUUGA